CACCAACACCAACCACAAUCACUACCCAUCCCACCAAACUUUCCAAAAACUCCAAUCUUUUCAAUAGUUCAAGUUCAAAUCAUUCUUGUCUUCCUCAUUCAAUCCAUUUAAAUAUAUAGCAUCCACACUCACUUUGCACCCACUGAAAAUCUGACCAAUUUUGUGCCAAAUUGUAGCAACUUCCCUCCGUGCAUAGCUACACAUGGAAUUCGCAGUUGAAUCUAGUUUGAAGACCAUGAAGAGUGGGGAGGGGGUGAGGAGGAACCAGACUUUGAUAUGUGCACCAUUGAUGUCUGAUACAGUAGAUCAAAUGGUGGAUUUGAUGCUCAAGGCUAAGUCGAAGGGAGCCGAUAUUGUGGAAAUCAGAUUGGAUCACUUGAAGAUUUUCAACCCUUACACUGAUAUUGAAAAAUUGAUCAAAGUCUGUCCUCUGCCCACUCUCUUUACAUACAGACCAAUAUGGGAAGGUGGUCAAUAUGAUGGUGAUGAAAAAAGUCGUUUCGAGACACUUCAACUUGCCAUGGAGUUGGGAGCUGAUCACAUUGACAUUGAGCUUAAGGCUGCACAUGAGUUCAACGAUUUUUUGCACGGAAAUAAACCUGGAAAAUGCAAAGUCAUUGUUUCUUCUCACAACUAUGAUAGUACUCCACCAGUUGAGGACCUAGGAAACCUAGUUGCAAGUAUACAAGCUGCUGGAGCUGACAUAGUAAAGUUUGCAACAGCAGCUUUGGAUAUCACAGAUGUGGCACGUGUUUUCCAGAUAGCAGUUCAUUCCCAAGUACCAAUUAUAGCAAUGGUAAUGGGAGAGAGAGGAUUGAUGUCAAGAGUACUUUGUCCAAAGUUUGGUGGAUAUCUCACUUUUGGUACUCUGGAGGCGGGAAAGGUAUCUGCUCCUGGGCAACCAACAAUAGAGGAGUUGGUUAAUUUGUACAACUUUAGACUGUUAGAGCCUGAUACAAAAGUUUUUGGGGUUCUCGGGAAUCCUGUAAGCCACAGCAAAUCUCCAAAAUUGUAUAAUGAAGCUUUCAAAUCAGUUGGCUUUAAUGGAGUGUACCUACAUUUAUUGGUGGAUGACGUUCCAAAAUUUUUCGCGACAUAUUCCUCAAUGGAUUUUUCUGGCUUCAGCGUGACUAUUCCUCAUAAGGAAGCUGCACUUGCCUGUUGUGAUGAAGUUGAUCCUGUUGCAAAGUCGAUAGGGGCGGUUAAUUGCGUCAUCAGGCGUCCUGAUGGGAAGUUGGUUGGCUGCAAUACAGACUAUGUUGGUGCAAUUUCUGCCAUUGAGGAUGGCCUUCUAGGUUUGCACAAUGGCUCUAUGGGAAAUUCGUCGCCCUUGGCUGGAAAACUGUUUGUAGUCAUUGGUGCUGGUGGAGCAGGCAAGGCACUUGCAUAUGGUGCAAAAGAAAAGGGAGCAAGAAUUGCAAUUGCCAAUCGCACCUAUGAUCGAGCUAGAGAACUCGCUGACCUUGUUGGAGGGCAGGCUUUGUCUCUUGCUGAGUUAGAUAGUUUUUGUCCCGAAAAGGGAAUGAUACUUGCAAAUACUACUUCAAUUGGGAUGCAUCCGAAGGUCAACGAAACACCUGUUUCCAAGGAAGCUUUAGCAAAUUACAUGCUCGUUUUCGAUGCUGUUUACACUCCCAAAAUCACUAGACUUCUGCGGGAAGCAGCAGAAUCAGGAGCCAAAAUUGUCCCAGGAGUAGACAUGUUCAUUGGACAGGCAUAUGAACAAUACGAAAGGUUCACUGGGUUCCCAGCGCCAAAGGAUCAAUUUAAGAAAAUCAUGGAAAAUUGACGACGGGAAGGCUUGUUCGGCUUCUCUGGGUCGGCUAUUUAUCUUCUUUGACAGCACUUGAUAUUCUUCUCGUGGUCAUUCUUUUUGGUAUGCAGUAUUAGAUGAUACUGGACGAUGCAAUGAGAAAGAUAAGAUGAACCAAUCUGGAAUUUCCUCCUUUUCUGUUGUUUUAGUAUUCUUUUUUGUAAUUCAAGUUGAGCUUGGACGGUAAGAACUGUACUUUAGAAAGUCAUUGUAGGUGCAAUUGUCAUUGAGAAUAAUUGAUUUCCAAAGAUUGAAGUUUUGUAAGAAUACUGUUCAGUUCUUUCAAUGAUUCAUGUACUCAACUUCAAAUA